ACACAUGGUUCGUCCCCGACUCGGCCGGGCUGGAAAUUGUUUCUUUUUUUUAUGUGACCCGGAGACGCCGGCUCAACCGCGGGGACCAUUGUAGAGAACGCAGUAGAUACGAUGCGAGGCGCAACGACAUCGGAGUGCUGAUGCGGCUUCCUGUGGCUGCUGGAUGGGCAUUUGGGCAUCGAGGGCACGAGACGACAAUAUGCAACUGACAAAGAACGGUCCCGUAGACGUAUCCUCCUCCGACGGGAGCUUAGAAGACGAGAAAUCUGACAUGGCGGACCACUCCGAACCGUCGUCGUCAGCUGACUUGCAUGACUCUGGGAUAACCGACACCGACGACGAACCUUGGGGUAUCACCGUGAUACCGCCGGAUACCGUAACACUAAACUGGGGACCACCGGCACGGGGCGUUGUACGUGCCCUGUCGUACAUCGUCGAGAAGCGCGACCCCUCUGACCAAGACUGGGUGCCUGUCGUCAUUCUGGAUGCCGACAUUACCAGCUACGUCAUUCGUGAUCUGGACUUGCGUUCCGAACACUGGUUCAGGGUGUUGGCCAGGAGUUCCAUGGGUCUCACCACCGUUCUCGAGACGGAUCGACCUGUGAAGCUGCAUGAAGACGAGCCUCAAGCAGCCGAGCGACCCGAUCCGCCCUCGACUCCUCUGCUCGUGGUUGUAACGGGACCAUUCUCGAUGGACGUCAAAUGGACGGCGCCCCUGUAUGACGGUGGCCGUCCCGUUCUAGGAUACGUGGUUGCAGUGAAGGAACCGCGCAGGACACUCUGGAUGGAGGUGAGUCAAGUGAACGCUCCAACCUUGAAGACUCAAAUCCAGGACUUGGAGGAAGGCCACGAGUACUUGGUUCGUAUCUACGCAUGGAAUGAGGUUGGCGUCAGCGAGCCCCUCGAGACACCUGAGGGGACCAAGAUUGUUCGGCCACCAGGAGUCGUUGUGCCUCCAUCGGCUCCCGUGGGACCACUGGUGAUCGAAGAAGUCACCGAGAACUCAAUUCGACUGUCCUGGAAGCCGCCCCUCAACGACGGUGGGGACGCCGUUGCCAAUUACAUCGUCGAAUAUCGAGAUGUGUCUGCUGCUGAGAUUGCCAAGUUCUCUCUGAGGACGCCUGACGCCCGAACCCGCUUCACCGUCGAGGAUCUCAAGUGUCGCCACUUCUACGUAUUUCGAGUCAGCGCCGAGAACCAAGCAGGAGUCGGCGACGCGCUCGUAGACAAGAAGCCCGUCCGAGUACAGGCAGCACCCAAGAAGCCUCCCGCUCCUGAUCCGCCCGUGGUUGUAGUGCACCCGACCAUGCCUGACGCGUGCAUCGUGACAUGGGCGCCCCCGUGUGACGGGGUGACCCUGUACGUGCUCGAGCGAUGUGACCUGGUGGGCGACGUGUGGAUUGUGGUCAGCCAGCAGCGAGAGGCCGAGUUCGUGGCACAGAACCUGGUGCCCGGCAUCGAGUACUCGUUCCGCGUCAGCGCUGAAAAUGAGUGCGGCAUGGGCAAGUGGUCCAAGCCGUCCGAGCCCAUUGUCAUCACAAGGAAAGUUGCAUCGAUGACAGCGCCAGAGUUUACCAAGCUACUCUCCGACGUCAACAUUCUUGUUGACAAUGAUGCGUGCUUCACAUGCCAGUUUACAGGAAAGCCAACGCCAGAGAUCACAUGGUACAAGGGAGGUCAAGAAUUAUUCGAGUCGCCACGUGCGGACAUCGAGACUUCUCUAGCCAGUUCGACACUGCGGCUCAAACAAGUGCGCCUCGAAGACAAGGGCAAGAUUGAAUGCCAGGCCCUCAACAACGCCGGUUUGAAAACGACGUCGGCGAAGCUGACGGUUUUAGCGCCACCAAAGUUGAUCAGCUCCCCUGCCUACAAAGACGGCCUCAUAUUUGAUUCCGGUGAGACGUUGCGAGUCAAGCUGUCCUACACGGGCCACCCACCCCCAACGUUUCUGUGGAAGCGCAAUGGCCAGCCUUUGAGUUUUGACGACCCUAACUGCUCGGUGACCGUCGACAGCGAAGAUCAGACGAUACUGUUCAAAAUCGUGGACGCAGAUUGCAAUCACCGGGGCACUUACUCGCUGGAAGCAAUUAACGAGCACGGUAGUGACGCGUUUUCAGUGGACAUAAUGAUAACAGGUGAACCCGACCCUCCCAGUUUGCCACCAGAAAUUACUUCUGUGGAUUGGACCUCAUGCACGUUGGCCUGGAAGCCAACGGAUAAUGAUGGUGGCAGUCCCGUCAGUAGUUACGUCGUCGAAAAGCGCCUCAUGGACAAUGAGCUUUGGCUAAAAGCGACAACUACCCAUCACGAACACUGUACAAUUUAUGGUCUGGAAGAAGGCGCCAAGUAUGCAUUUAGACUGCGAGCGGUCACCGUUUACGGGACAAGCAAGCCAGGUCCUAGCACCGAGCCCGUUAGCUUGCCACGACUGGACUCCAGGGGCGACACGCUAGCCACAGAACUAGAGUCAACGGAACAGACUGAAGCUAUCGCAACGGAGCAGGAGUUGGAAUCCAUAGAAGAAGACGUUACACUAACUGUUACCAAGUACGACAGCGAUGACCAGCGUUCUUCGCUUGACGUUGACGAAUUCCUGAACGAAGACGCCGCUGUUUCUGAGGUGGUGUCUCAGGUUACAGCUCCGCUCGCGCCUAGCGAACUUAGCGACUACGAAACCCUCGUUCCGAGCUCGACAGUCAAGGUAGAAUCUGGAGAAAUGUCCGAAAUCGACAACGACACACUGGCAAAACGUGCCAGUCUCGAAACCAGCGACGUUGCUGUGUGCAAGGCUGUUCCGAUUGCGGAAGCCGCUGUCGCAGCAACCAAAGAAGAACCACUACUGGAAGCACCAUUCUUGCCUGACCGUAAGGAGGCUGUCGCGCUCCGCUUGAGGGAACACUCGUACGAAGUUAUUCCUUACGCGGGGGAUGAUGUCUUUGACCUCUCCCUCGAAGAACAAAGGUACGAACAGGCUACGUAUGGUUACAUUCCUCUCACCGUAAGCUGUACAGUCACUGUCUUAACAUGGAAGAACGCUGACGAUACACCCGCUGUCAAGAGGCACGCAGACGCCGAGCAUCCUCCUGGCAUUCACCUCGUGCCUCACACAUUUCACCUUGUCGUCUUUUCGCCUCCUCUACUUCUCGACCAAACCCAUGAAGUAUCAGCCCCGCACCUUCCGGAAGGAAUCACAGUCAGAGUGGUCACUCUUGCUCAGUGGAACAUGUACAGGAACCUGCUCCCCGAGUCAUCUUUUCUCAUCAUCGACGUUUCGGAACCACUUCUCGUUCUAGCACCUCCCCUAGCACUCGAGUCCGCGAGCUUGUUCGUGGACCCCGAGAGGAGACUGCCCAUAGUGUGCCGUUUCACUCUCAGUGAGCAGCUACCGCUUGCAGUCAACUAUAUCAUCGAUACGCUGCUGACCGAAUCGAAUCUCCGCAGGCUCCAGCACCCGUCUCGUGCAUGCUGCUCGGUGGAAUACAUUGAAGCUGUGCCCAGUCCCAUGGCCAUCAUAACCACAGUCAAGCCGACCGAACCAGUGCCAAGAAUUGUAACGCCGCAGGUGUCGCCCGAGCUGCUGCUAGAGCACCCGAUUUACGAACAACGGCGUGAAUUGCUCUCGGCUUCACCAGCUGACUCUGGAGUGGAUACAAGUUUCGGCUACCAGCGACCGAUCAUUAGGAGUUCGAAGCCGCAAGCAGGCGGGUACGAUGGAGUGUUCUACAUGCACGACGCGCUGUACUACAAGAAGGCUGCAAGAGUGAAGGAGUUCGACGUACGUACGAGAAGGUCGUACUCCAGGAGGAUCACGUCACUCUCCAGAAGCAUCGAGCACGACUACAGUGUCAAGACGACAAACAUUGACAGGCUAGAAAGCCGAAUUUCAUCGGAAAUGUCCAGCCUGGAGCAUGACCUGGAGCUUCUGCGAUCGAUGCAGAGCAUGCUCCGUCGAGAACUUAAGACUAGAGAGCGACCUUCAGGUGACCAAAACGGUGGUAAGGAAGGCACCAGCGGCCGGAAGCCGGAAGGUACUUCAGAUUCGUCGGCGACGUCGCGCGUCAGGCCAUACCCGGAGUCAGGAUCUCGAGGCUACAUGUCCAGGCGAUUGUCGAGAAGCGACUCGUCCGAUUCCGAGGAACCACAGCCGGUAAAGCUUCGCGCAAAGCAGCAGCCCAAGGGUGAAGCACCCCGUUUCGUGACUCGCCUCGACAACCGCAUUGCACCCAGUGGCUACCGAAUCAAGCUCCAUUGUACUGUGGUUGGUGAUCCGAUGCCCCAGGUUACGUGGCUUAAGAAUGGCAUCAAGGUGACGCCCGACAUCAGACACAUGGAGAUUACUGUCACCGACUUCGGGAUGUGUAGUCUUGAAAUCUACAACGUUAAGCCGGACGACACGGCCGAGUACACGUGCCACGCUGUGAACGCUUAUGGAGAUGCCACUACAAGUGCCUAUCUGCGAGUUACUGGUGAAAGGGAUGAGACGCCAGAGGAGCCGAGAUUCGAGUCGUGUGCCCCGGACCUGAGCGUUAGACCUGGUGGGAAGGCUGUCUUCUCUUGGAGGGCAACCGGGUCCCCAACACCUACGCUCAAAGUAAUGAAGGACUCGAGGCCCCUGCGCACGAACCUGACGACGGACGUGAUCGUCUCAAAGGACGGUGUGUGCCGCGUCUGCAUCGCCAAGGUCACACCCGAGGACGCCGGAGUUUUCACGUGCACUGCGGAGAACGAUUCUGGGACGGCUGUUUCCACCAGCAUCUUAAGAAUCGCUGGCCAAGAUGAUAGCGGUGACGAGUUCCAAGAGGAGCGACGCCGCCUUGAAGAAAUGCAUUUGAAAGACACAAGACAGUCAGCAACUGCUGUUGAACGAGAACCUACGCUUUCAAGGCCCCACUACGACUUGUCGCCCGAAGAAGACAAGGAGGAAUACUACAAGCCGAGACGCCACUUCAAGACGUACGGAAUGCUCGGCCUAAAUUACUUGGAGGACGUCCCACGAACGACUCACGAGCCAUUCUCCGUCCCUGGGCCUCCGUUGGAUCCAGUCAUCACGGAGACCGGGCCGACGUCAGCGACUUUGGUAUGGACCAAGCCUAUCUACAACGGAGGCUCACCUAUCACUGGCUACCGCAUCCAAUGCCGUGAAGUACCCUCCAAGCAGUGGCGUGACAAGGCGACCUCGCGAAUAUGCCUCUGUGACAUAUUCGGACUGAAACCACAGACAGAGUACGUGUUUCAAGUAAGCGCUGGAAACAAGAACGGCUGGGGACAGCCCACCAUUGCAGUGCCUGAACUGAAGAACUGGAGAUGGCGCCAGCAGUGACAACUAAGCAACGAGCGCUCGUUGAAAAAUCUUGACUUUCUUCACCGACAGAUCACUGCAGCGUCGUGCAAUGGUAGCGCGAUACUGUGUCCCGAUUCUGCCUCGUGUUCACUUUACUUUCAAGAGGGUGGAAUUGUGAGCCGACGCAGACCUGCGCGAAUUAUUACUGCCAGCAGUGUGGUUUGUCCUUUUCAUGCAACGCUUCCAACACUCCUCCAUGCUCAAGUUGGCGACAAGCUCAAUGCUGAUAAAUAAAGGAGAGCAAAGUAUGAAGCUUUGCUCCGUGUUGUGACGUGCGCAUCUGACAUCAAGCGA